AGGUGAGCAGGCGCGCAUGCUCAGACGGUGGUGAUUCGGUGCGUUUUUCUUACCGUCUUCUCCCGGGGACGGUCUGCGGAUCGAGCACAAAGUUGAGAAUAUGGCGGCGGCGGAGGAGCGACGGACCGGCUCCGGGCUCCAAGUGACGCUGGUCGCCGGCUCGGGGAGUUUCCUGAAGUGGGGCGUCAUGCUGGCGCUGUGUGUGUCCAUGUGCGGGUGGCCCGGAGCCCAGGGCAAGGAGUGUGAGAAGCGGUGUGUCCACGGGAACUGCAGCGCGGCGGGCGGACAGUGCGUGUGUGAAGCCGGCUGGGUCGGGGAGCUGUGUCAGCACUGCGGCGGCAGGUUCAAAUUAACUGGGCAAUCUGGAUAUCUUACUGAUGGACCUGGAAACUAUAAAUACAAAACAAAGUGUACUUGGCUUAUUGAAGGACAGCCAAACACAAUACUGAGGCUUCGAUUCAUUCACUUUGCCACAGAGUGCAGCUGGGACCAUUUAUAUGUAUACGAUGGGGACUCUGUCUAUGCACCAUUAUUAGCAGUGUUCAGUGGCUUAAUCGUACCCGAGAAGAAUGGGAAUGUGACUGUACCUGAAGUUGUUUCAAGAUCUGGUUAUGCUUUACUGCAUUUUUUCAGUGAUGCUGCCUAUAAUCUAACUGGAUUCAACAUAGCAUAUAGUAUCAAUUCCUGCCCAUUCAACUGCUCAGGCCACGGAGAAUGCCUGGCAGAUGCUGACAACAGCACUGUGUACUGUGUGUGCAAUGAAUACUGGAAAGGAGAAGCGUGUGAUGUCCCUUACUGCAAAGACAAUUGUGGGUAUCCACAUCAUGGAAAAUGUGACCUGAAUGAUACCAAAGCAUGUAUAUGCAAUGAUAGCUGGCAAGGUCCUGACUGCUCAUUGCCUGCUAAUCAGCCCUUUUGGGAUUGGAAAGAAUAUGGGGUACCUAUGCUCGCCCGGGCAUCUCAUAAGGCUGUCGUCAGUGAUGAUGUCAUGUGGGUUAUUGGAGGCUACGUGUUUAAUUACUCGGAGUACCAGAUGGUUGCAGCAUAUGAUCUGAGGGAUCUGAAAUGGUUUCCAUUGAAUAAAUCUGCAAAUGUGGUCGUUGGGAGAUAUGGGCAUUCUGUGACUUUGUACAAGGAUAAAAUUUAUAUGUAUGGAGGUAAAAUCGACUCGACAGGGAAUGUCACAAAUGAGCUUUGGGUGUUUCACAGUCAGAACCAAUCAUGGAUGCAGCUGACUCCAAAGGCUAAGCAACAGUAUGCAGUUGUUGGCCACUCUGCACAUAUUGUGCAGUUGAAAGAUGGUCGUGUUGUGAUGUUGGUCAUCUUCGGAUACUGUCCGCUUUAUGGAUACAUCAGCAAAAUACAAGAAUACAAUCUUGGUGAGACAAUCUUGAAAGAUCGAGGUUUCUUCCGUUACCUGCAUACUGCCAUUAUUGUAAGCGGAACCAUGUUGGUGUUUGGUGGGAAUACUCACAAUGACACUUCAAUGAGCCAUGGAGCUAAGUGCUUCUCUUCGGACUUCAUGGCUUAUGAUUUGGCUUGUGACGAGUGGUCUGUGCUGCCUCCACCUGAUCUUUGUCAUGAUGUCAAUCGGUUUGGUCACUCAGCUGUCUUCACCAAUGGCACAAUGUACAUUUUUGGUGGGUUCAACAGUCUUCUGCUAAGUGAUGUUCUGAUGUUCACACCAAGCAGUUGUGAAGCUUUUUCUGAUGAAGCGGCAUGUGUUGGGGCAGCCCCAGGAGUCCGGUGUGUAUGGAAUACCGACAUGCUGCGAUGUGUACCCUGGGAAAUAGCAUCUGCAGGGGAGGCGCGUCAGAUUCUUGAUAAGUGCCCCAGCAAGACAUAUGCAGAUAAUGAAAAAUGUGAUCAGUAUACUGAUUGCUACAGCUGUACAGUGAAUACAAACGGCUGUCAGUGGUGUCAUGAUAAGUGUCUGUCUAAGAACAGUAACUGCACAGAAGCCACUGUAUUAAUCUGGGAUUAUGAAGCUUGUCCAAAAGAUAAACCAGAGUAUGUUUGUAAUAAGCUGACUAGUUGUAAAAGCUGUGCCAUGGACCAGAACUGUCAGUGGGAAGCCAGGAACCAGGAGUGCAUCCCGUUACCUGAAACCAUCUGUGGAGAGAGCUGGCACUUGGUAGGAAACUCGUGUUUGACAAUCACCACUGCAAAAGAAAACUAUGAUAAUGCUAAGUUGUUCUGUCGGAGUCAAAAUGCAGCACUUGCCUCACUUACAUCACAGAAAAAAGUUGAAUUUGUUCUCAAGGAGUUGCAGAUAAUGCAUGUGUUGUACAAAGCUACCAUAACCCCAUGGGUUGGAUUACGAAAAAUUAAUGUUUCGUAUUGGUGCUGGGAAGACAUGUCACCCUUCACGAACACAUCAUUGCAGUGGAUGAUGGAAGAGCCAAGUGAUGCAGGAUUUUGUGGUUAUUUGGCAGAACCUUAUUUUGCUAGUUUGAAAGCAGCUACCUGCAUCAAUCCAGUAAAUGGAAGUGUGUGUGAAAGACCAGCGAACCACAGUGCGAAGCAGUGCCGCACACCUUGUGCGUUGAGAACAACCUGCACUGAAUGCACCGGUGGCAACUCUGAGUGUAUGUGGUGCAGCAACAUGAAGCAGUGUGUGGAUGCAAAUGCGUAUGUGCCAUCCUUUCCAUUUGGCCAGUGUAUGGAGUGGUACACGAAGAACAGUUGUCAAGCUGAAAAUUGUUCCGGUUAUCGAACAUGCAGUGACUGCUUGGAGCAGCCAGGAUGCGGAUGGUGUACUGACCCCAGCAAUACAGGCAAGGGACAGUGUAUAGAAGGAUCUUAUCGAGGACCAGUGAAAAUACCUGCAACAAAUAGUCCUUAUGUACCAGUUUUGAAUGUCAGCAUGUGCCCAGCAGAAACAAAAUACAACUGGUCCUUUAUCCAGUGUCCAGCUUGUCAGUGUAAUGGCCAUUGCAAGUGUGUUAAUGAAAGCAUCUGUGAAAAAUGUGAAGACUUAACAACUGGCAAACGCUGUGAAACAUGCAUCUCUGGUUAUUAUGGAGAUCCUACAAAUGGAGGGAGUUGCCAAUCUUGCAAAUGCAACGGACACGCAACCAUCUGCAAUACCAAGACGGGAAAAUGUUUCUGCACGACAAAAGGAAUCAAAGGCGAUAAGUGUCAACUAUGUGAUGUUGAAACACGAUACCAGGGUAACCCACUGAAAGGAACCUGUUACUGUAAGUCAAAUGCACUUUAA